AGUACAACGGUGUUUGGCGUUAUCGCGAGACUGGACCAUUAACAACCUGCUUGACACAGCGCAGUGCUGCUAUGAAUGCUGCUCGCUCAGCGGGGUCGAACUAGCUCAAGAAACCAAACGAGGCGUCAACAUCUGGUCACACAUCAUGAAUGAACGACACAAUAUCUAAGGAAACAACGAAAGUCACUAUUUCUGUUAUGAGAGAAGAAUGGAGUUCCCAGACCAUAGCCGCCAGUUGCUGCAGUGUCUGAGUCAGCAGCGUCACCAAGGUUUCCUCUGUGAUUGCACUGUUCUUGUCGGCGAGGCGCGAUUCAAAGCGCACAGAGCUGUGUUGGCCUCCUGCAGCAUGUACUUCCACCUCUUCUACCGGGACCAGCUAGACAAAAGGGAUGUUGUACAUCUGAACAGUGACAUUGUGACAGCACCGGCUUUCGGCCUACUCCUUGAAUUUAUGUAUGAGGGGAAGCUGGAAUUCAGCACCCUUCCCGUAGAGGACGUGCUGGCUGCUGCCAGCUACCUCCACAUGUACGACAUCGUUAAGGUGUGCAAAGGCCGUCUGAAAGACAAGGAGCUGUGCUCUUUGGAUGAGAGGCUCGUUGACGGCAUUGGCCUGAGCUGCCUGGACAGGGAGAACUCCUCUGAUGGAGAGCUGCCGCAGCCCAGCCGGGCUCCCGCGUGCCGGCAGCCACAGCAGGUCCCCCAGGGGCCCCCCCCGGCAGAUGACAUGGACACCGGCGAUGGCGGCCUGGCUGUCACAGAUUGUGAUAGGCUCGCGCCGGCAAGCCAGAAGGCGAACGGUCACCCCGGCGGGUCCCCGGACCUUGUAGGUGUCAAUUAUGUGUCAGCUGAGGCCGAGCCCCGCGUCCCAACAGCUGGAAAAACAAAGGGCGAUGUCAGCGGUCUGGCCGGCGUGCCGUCCCAGAGGUCCCGGGCGGUGGAUGACAUGGACUGCGCCCUGGACUUGUCUUUCAAGCCGCCGUCGGGCCGGGACAGCGCGCGUGCCUUGGGCCAGCUGGCUGCCGACAGCCAGCAGCAGGGCGCGGACGCACUCGCUCGAGACGAACACGACGCGCUGUCAGAGCACGGGGACAGCGGGGGCGCCAGCCCUGAGAGCCAGUGCUUCGGGGGCAGAGCCAGGGGCCCGGUGCCACCAGGGCUCUCCACCCUCUUCCCCAGCAGCACCGCCCUGCUUGGGCCGGACGACCACCUGAUGAUGGAAGAUGAGGAGGAGGAGGAAGCUGGGGACGAAGAGGUGUUGCCAAAUGAGGGUAUGGGAGGGAGGGCCCCAGGGCCAGGCGGGCACAUCCGCGGCAGAGAGGUGGGUGAGGAAGGCCGGGCUGUAGCAGGAGGGGGAGGCCCGAGGCUGCUAGGUGAUAGCGAAGAGGAAGAGGAGGAGGAGGAUGACGAGCUGGUACCCCCGGAUGUGGGUGUGGGUGGCGCUCUCCUGCCAGCGGGUGGCCCUCCUGUGUGCGUGUGCCCACUGUGCAGCAAGGCCUUCCCCAGCCCGCAUGCCCUGCAGCUACACCUCAGCUCGCACUUCCGCGACCGAGACGGCAGCGGUGCUGGGGCACGCCCCAAGCUCUCGCCUGACGGCCAGGUGCCCACGUGUGCACAGUGCGGCAAGACAUUCUCCUGCAUGUACACACUGAAGCGGCACGAGCGCACGCACUCGGGUGAGAAGCCCUACACAUGUGGCCAGUGUGGCAAGAGUUUCCAAUACUCACACAACCUGAGCCGGCAUGCCGUUGUGCACACACGCGAGAAACCGCAUGCCUGCAAGUGGUGCGAGCGGCGCUUCACGCAGUCGGGUGACCUCUACCGCCACAUCCGCAAGUUCCACUGUGCCCUCGUCAAGACCCUCGCCAUCGGAUAAGAGCUCCUGGUCUGAUGCCAGCUGCCUCUCUGCUCUCAGCCGCCUCGACUGUUCCCAAGUAGAGCUGCAUAUGAAGUAUUUGAAUUUAGAAGGGCAUUCUCUUCUAACACCCCAAGCCAGAGUGGCUUUUUAUUAUUACCUGUUAUAAUAUCCAGUAUUUGCUGUAUUCUAAUGUGGGGCUGAGGAGUGUGAGGAACCCCAAGGUCACAGAGGUGUACCUCCACCCAGUGGAGAGGUGGGGAGGGAAGAAAUCUGAUGCACUUGGUCAGUCACUGACAGCCAUCUUCUGAAGUCAGUGAUAAAUAUCUGCUGAGGCUUUGUGUUGUAUGUUAAGUCUAGAACAAUAGAACAGUUUUGGAGUAAAUGUUUCUACUGAAUGGUCGAAACUAUUGAAAGGAGUAACUGAAACGCAUUGAGAACACUUUUUUCCCCUCUUAAUUAGAUUCAGCUAUAUCCAGCAUACUUCAUGUAUAAAAAGAUGAACAACAUAUUAGUUUGAAAACUGGUAAGGAAUUCUAAAGGACAAAGUUUGUUCUCUGCUCUGGUUUAUGACCUACUUGUAGAAUUUCAAAUGGGAAAGAAUUAGAUAAUUCUGUUGUUGCUUCUUUUAUCACCUCUGGGGAGUCAGGGUCAUAAACUCUGUUAUUAAAGGGUAUCAGUAAUCGCAAAGACUUAAAAACAAGAUCUGAAAAAACAAAAGCCAUGGGCAAUCUAUAUCAUGGACACUCACUCAGAUAUCUACUACUUCUAUUAUGACUAAUGCAGACUUUUUCUGCAGCAUCUACUAUGAAAUGAGUUUGCUAGCUUGUUUUUUCCAUGAAAAUUUGAAAGGUAAAUUGAAGAAUUGUAGGUAGGAGUGAGAGGUGAUUUGUAUCGGUUUCUACACAAAGCUCAUGUCUUUGUGUUUUGAGUGUUUGUUAACUGUUGAUGAGACCCUGUUGUUGGGAAGACCCCUGUCACAAGCAGGGCAGAAUCAGUCAUGGCAGUGAAUUUUAUCAUCAGUAUAUAUUUCUUAGUCACCAAGUGAAAUUGGGGAAACGAAUACUUAAGCAGUUAGUUUGGAGAAACAUCAGAAUGCAGGAAUAUUUUGUCUCAUUUCUUCAUUUUCAUUUGAAAAAAAAAUGUGUUAAUUGUUUUGGUUAAACUGUGUGUGUGUGCGUGCGUGCGUGCAUGUGUGUGUGCGUGUGUGUGGUUGUUUAGUUAUAAUGGCAAGUAGCACUAAAAAUCCAUGUAAUACAUGUGGUUCAUUUUUUCCUGAAAAAACUUGAUUAGAAUUAUUUAUUAGUUCUGUUGGUUCAGGGUUUACUGUAGGCUCGACAUCUAAAGUAGAGACAAUUGUACUGAGUCCUAAUAUCUUGUUGUACCGGUACUUUUUUCAGUUAUACUGGGACAAUAAUUGAUUGUAAAAUCAGUUGCUGUAUAUGGGUUUAUUGUUUCAUUGUAUCUUGUGUAGAUAAGCCAUCGUAAUCACUAUUUGUCAAGAUUUGACUCCAGAAAUGCUAAGAAGCACUUGCUUUAUGCAUACCUAGAUUAUAGAUCCAACACUGAUAUUCUGUAGGCUGCUAUUUCUAACUGUAUAUUUAUUGUAAAUAUGUAUUUUAUUUAUCUUUUUUUCCUCUUUAUUUGAUCUGGGGACAUCUGAAGCUUGUCGUAAAAGCUGCAGUUUUUCACGUUGACUUUUGACGCUGAAGUCUUCCCUGGUUGAGCUGGGACUGGUCCGUUUAAAAGCCAGCUAAGCCUUUUCACACUGCUGCCAAACAGAAAAGACUUCUGGAACUUCUCUCACAUGAGAAAUAGCAGAUCAUAAGCACAACCUUGUCAAGACUCACAGCUGCUGAGUACCUGCUGAAGCCCUAUAACAAAAGCGAUGCUUCCUCUGUGCUACAUCAUCUUUUAGGGAGCUAAGCAUCAUGAACUGCUAAGAGGAGUGUUGAGAGUUUGUGUUCAAUGAACACACACUCAUGGCUUAUUGUUAUGCUAUCAAUGACUGGACUACACCCACAAACCAUUUCAUUUUUGAUGCACAUUUGUUGAACAGCUGUUAAAAUGUAUAUUUGAAUUUAUUUAAUGUUUUUUUUCCCCUUUUUUUUUUUUAUUCUAUGUAUGUUUUACAAGUUUUCUGUAAAAUGCUCUGUGGAACACUGGAUUAUAGGCAGCACCAACAACAGACCCUCCAACAGAAACUGCUAAUACAACAAAGGAUAUAUGUGAAGAACCCUUAUUUCUGAAUUAAUGAUUUCAAAGAAUGUUAUAGUGUAAUUACUCAUAAAAGUAGGAUUGGAAUGUAGAUAUUUUCCCUUAAGUGAAUGAUCUUGUAUUUAAUGCAGCUGUUACUAAAAGACUGUAGGUGCUCUUUUUGAAACGUGCAUUUAAUGUGGAGAAAAUUACUCCAUUUAUGUGUUGCUGAAGUAAUACGUAUGUACUUGAUCACUCUACACAGAAUGUGCCUUGUUGACACAAACAUUAAUCCAACAGCAAAUUAGAUAUUGGGCAUUAUUAUAGGCUUAUAACAAUAUUAAUUUUGCAAAGGUUUUGUGAAGUUGUGUCUUAUGACACAAAGCUGACAAUGCAUUCACUGAUCAUCUGUCUCUGUUCAAUCACUUAAAGUUACAAUAAGCAUGUUUUUAUUUCUGAACAACACAUUUUUAGGAGGGGAGUAUAUUAUAAUGGUGAUAGGCAUAAAUUGUACAUGGUGGAAAGUAAUGAAGGCUUUUCGGGACAGUCAGUAAACUAGGAAAAUCCCUUUUUUACAUUCAUCAGGACAUCCGAAGCAGUCACAUCCUGUUCUGUGGUCAUAGUCAUAUGACCAGCAAUGAGCCAAUAAUGUUUAACUAUCACAUGUUAUUAGCAGUGAGCCAAUCACAUUUAAAUAUUACAUGUGACGAGAAGAAAGUCAGCUAAUGUUGAAAUUGCAACAAUGAUAAAUCUCUGUUGCAUAUUAUAUAUCUUUCCAUAACAUGGUUGAAAACUCAAGCUAUUGCUUAAAAGCAUGAGUAUGAUUUUAAUCAGUUUUCUGCAAAAUAUCAAAAAGAAAAUGAAACCAUUAAUACUGGAAUAUUGUCUUCUAAGGUUCAGACUGUGAAAUUGUAUAAUCAUAAGGAAUAUUUAUUGAUUUCUUUCUUGUGCAAAGAUUUUAAUGUAUCUCAGAAUUGACUGGAGUAAUAAAAUAUGUUACUAAAUGGAGAACGUUUUUAAAUAGACUUUGUAGAAGUGCCAUUAGAUUUAAUAUAAUUUUUUGAUAAGAAACUUAUAUUUUAUAGGAAACAAAAGCUUCAAUGUUAGUGCUUUAGUGAAUGUAGAUGACAAUCUGUUUGAUUUGAAACACUGGUUGGAUUUUUCUGGACGAAUUUUUUAAUUAUUGGGAGUUUGUGUUUUUUUUUCUUUGGCGCUUUUGACGUGUACCCCCUGUGUGUGCUGUGAAAAAGUGACAAUCUUGAGCUAGUUCUUUAUUUAGAUUAUGUAUAGAUUAAAUAGAUCAUUUUAUGUGAAAAUUGUGUGUAUUUCUUGAGCCAUAUAGGUGUUACCU